AUGUAUAUAACACGUGCUUUCAGAAAGGUUGACUUUAUACUUCAAGUCGAGAUAGAAAAUGACGAACAGUCUUUAAGCGCCCAAAACAUUCACAUAUACAAAUACUUUAAAGACGAUACAACAUUGUUGCAAUGUAUGAUUUCAUUUAAUGAAAUGUUCGAGAAAAAGUUUAACAUUGAAGUACAAACUUUACAGCCUUUACGUGAGUUUCUUGCACAACUGAAAGAAGAAGGUAGUCAGCCACAACUUAUAGACUUUCAUUAUGAAUUUAAUGAAAAUGAAGAUGGAACUCAUGACUGUCAAUUCAUUGUAUUCUCACCAUUCAAUGAAGUCGCUAAAGAGAAAGAAAAUCCAUUACGUAUAAGAUUUCAAAUCUCUGAACCAAAUGAUGACUUCAAGAAUGUUUUCAAUUAUGAUGCAAUGCUUCCGAGGAAAAAUGA